AUGUCAGCCUAUGCAAAGUUCAUGAAGGAACUCCUCACCAAAAAGAGAAAAUACAUUGAGGAGGAGACUAUUGAAGUGCAAGGCAAUUGUAGUGCCAUCAUUCAGAAACUUCUUCCCCCAAAAUUCAAAGACCCGGGUAGUUUCACCAUCCCUUGCACCAUAGGGAAGCUUGCUAUUGGGAAGGCCUUGAUUGACUUGGGUGCUAGCAUCAAUUUGAUGCCCCUUUCCUUAUUCAAGAAGAUUGGAGAGCUAGAACUCAAGCCGACUAGGAUGACUCUACAAUUGGCAGAUAGAUAUAUCAAAUACCCACAUGAGCGACUUGGUACACUUGCCAAAGUCUCAACAGAGGACUAA